GCUCUCUCGAUGUGAUGCAAUGGGAUCACGUCAUUGAUGUUGCGGCGGACAGGAAAGACAGCAGCGCUUCGGCCUGAGCUCAGGCAGGUACAUGAGUACUUUCAAUCCCAACCACUCACACCUCACCGGUACCCGCCAUACAAGCCGAGACAGCGAACGUCCCCCAUCUUUGAGCACACGAUCACGGACACGGACACGUAAUAUUCCCCGCCUUGCAGCCAAGCAUGGUCCACACGCGUAAAGCAGAGCUCGUCCCCGCGUCCUCGUUCUCGGAGCCCUCUGAGCCGUCGCAGCUCCGCCCGGACGAUAAGCCGAAGGAGGCCCUCGCGGGGGAGCAGGAGGAGAACCCACAGCUCGUCGCGCACAAGGAGGGCCGGCAGUCUGGCGACGCCAAGGGGGUGAACGCGGGCUCUCGCGCCCGGGGUGGUACGGGCGUGGGGGAUGCAAAGGACGUGGACGAGAGGAAGCGGAAGGACGUCGCGGGUGGGUUUGGGGUGGCGAAGGAGGGUCAGAGUAAGCUCUAGCCUCAGGGCAGUCGCCACUAUUCGGGGGGAAGGGGCGCAGAGGACGUUCGAAUUCGGGGGCUCGGGCACACACGGCGUUCGUUAUCAAACUCAGUCG